AUGGGCGUAACCGAUGGCAGCUCUCGCACAAUUCUGGAGUUCUUUAUCAACAAAGUGGCUCAAGUCUAUGAUAACCGACCAUUCGGGUCCACGAUCACAUCCCUUGCCAUCAUUCAGAAGCCUGACAAGGUGCAAUACAUCUUUACAUCCAAUCAGCGGAGCUCGGAAGAUGCUCAAUCUGCAGCCACGACCAUCCAAAUCCUCCUUGACAAAAUGGGUUCACGGAAUCGCGUCGACGUUGGAGGCGAUGAUAGGUCCCCGGUCUUUCGCGAACUUCUUCGCGACAUACUCCUAUUUCAUAAGCAGCGAGUUACUCUGUAUAAGUCGCGACUUAACCAGCGACUGAAUGAAUGCAUCGGAGAAUUGAAGGCUAGGUCCUUGGACGCGGUUGCUUCUCUAGGGGACCCUCUACUUGAUGAGCUAGAAUAUCUCCAGGCUUUGACCAAGACCGAGGUGCCUUUGGAUGACAGUGAAGGGCUCGCUCGCAACGGUGAACAUCUGGUUUCAGCCGCAGACACCUUUCGCAAAAGUCUGAUGUACGAAUCGGUCAUUGAAAGAGCCCGGGAAGGACGCUUCAACGAGUCCGAGCGCUGGUGUGAGCUACAGCACUUCAUCGGACGGCUUUCUUCGUAUCACGGUGCUGUUCGGGCUAUCAUUUCCGGCCGCAGACGUCUCCACCCGGACCUAUUCGAAAAUUUCGACAUAACAUGGCUGCCGUCAAGUAUACCCAUGAAUAAUCCUAUGGACACAUUCCAAAGCCAUAUGGACAUCCAAGUUCGUCCCGGACACAAGAAUGUCUACUCGAAUUGGGCUAUCCCGAAUCUUUUUGCCAACGACUUGGCUGAAGCGAACGAGAGAGACAGCCUGCUCGACAAGGUCGUCAGCAAGAUUAGAGAGGAUGCACUUCGCGCUUUGAGAGAGAAGAUACCCGAUGGCAAGAGAUUUGACUCAGACACUCACUCUUCUUACCCAACACAUCAGUCGCUGGAAGCCAGUGGUCAGCCAAACAUGGAUGGGCUAGCGUCCGCAUUGGAAGACUUAACUCUCGUUAACCCAGCCGACAUGGACGAUUUUCAAUCCUUAUCAGAAGAAAACCGGAGCAUCUGCUUAGAAGCAGAGGAAAACGAGACAGAUGAAGAUGGUUGGGCAGGCUAUGGCCAUGCUGAACAUUCUGGUGGCGUGUCUCUCCAGGGUUGA